CACUUCGGGGAGUGGUUUAAACGCGUCGAGAAGACCGAGUCAAGUUUCGGUGGCCGCGUUUACGAAGUGGGUGUGAAUAUUUUUUUUAACCCCCAUUAAAUGCACCACGGAUCCAAGUUGUUUCCAAACCUGGUCGCGGUGGUGUUGGGGGCAAAGCGAAGAGAAUGGCUUCCCGUGGAAAGUCUGAAACGUGCAAACUGAGACAAAAUAUGGAGGAGCAGCUUGACAGAUUGAUGCAGCAGCUGCAGGAUCUGGAGGAAUGCAGGGAAGAGCUCGAUGAAGAAGAAUAUGAGGAGACAAAGAAAGAGACACUGGAGCAGCUGAGUGAGUUCAACGACUCCCUGAAGAAGAUCAUGACAGGAGACAUGACUCUCGUGGAUGAACUCAGCGGCAUGCAGUUGGCCAUCCAGGCUGCCAUCAGUCAAGCAUUCAAAACUCCAGAGGUGAUCCGACUUUUCGCUAAGAAGCAGCCGGGACAGCUCAGAACCAGACUGGCUGAGAUGGACCGCGACGUCAUGGUGGGGAAGCUGUCUCGGGCCGACUACACACAGCAGAAGAUGGAGGUGCUCGCUGCACUGAGGAAGCUGGGAGAGACGCUCACAACUCCAGACGAAACGUUCCUGGCAGAAAACGCCACGGCUACUUUGAGUCACUUUGAAAAGGUGACGGCGGGGUCUGAAGAUAAAAUACUGGCUUUAGCGAGUUCUGGUGUGAAAAGUAAAACAUAGCUUGCUUUUAUAAAAAAAACUGUUUUAAUAAGUGUUUUGAGAAAGAAAAACAUGCUCAUGUAAAUAAAUCCAGUUGUCGUAGAUGCUUUUUUAAACUUUAUACUUUUAUAUGCUACUUUGUAUUAAAUGUAUAUGGUGAAGCAGGUACAAUAUUGUGAUACGCUUCAAAUUGGUAAAAAAAAAAGUUAUGCUGUUUUGUUCUAUUCUGUGCUGUUUGUAUUACGUUGUCAAUCAUAAACAAAAAACCUGAAUGUUAAAGAUGUUCAUUGUCAUUGUGUGUUUUGCAUGAUGUGCAUGAAGCGGCCAUCUUAUUGUAAGAAUGUGAUUUUUACAUACUAGUUUUACAUAGGAGUAUUAGGGCCUCGUAAAGAAAAAGAACAAUACUCUGAGGGGGGGGGGGUCCCCUUUUUUUUUAAAUGUAAACUAUAUUGCCAAAAGUAUUCACUCACCUGCCAUGACUCAGAUAUGAAUAUAUAUGUAUGUAUGUAAUAUACGAUGAAUAUAAUAACAUCCCAAUGUUAGUAAAUAAGAUUCAAUUCAACAUCAGUUGACCCUCUGCAGUUGUACAGUAACAGCACAGCCUCUUGUGGGACGGCUUUCAAAUUUAUGACCAUUUUUUUCAAAGUGCAUCCGUGAGGUCUCGCAUUGAUGUUUGACGAGGAGGUCUGGCUCUCAAGACUCCACUCUAAUUCAACCAAAUCUGGCAGGCCCAAACUUAUUGUGAGGGUAUGCUGGGAACACGUGCUAGAAUCCCCUGUCAGAAGGAGUUGCAAAUCUCACCUCUGUCAUAACUUUAACCUCAUCCUUGGGGACAAAGGGAACCUGGAGUCCCAAGCUCCAUGGUUCCAUUGUUGAUGUAGCCAACCAGAGCUGUGGCCAUAAAGUUGUUGCAGGCUGUCAUGGGGACCAGCAGUGGGCAAUACUUUCAUGAUGAAGAAGGAGUCCUAUUGGGCCUUUUCCCCCUGUGUCACUUCAGAGGCGUAUCAUGUGUAAUGGCCGCCCAAGGGGAACACAGGUUUAGUGGUCAGUGAGGCAAAAAUUUGGGCGUGGGAGGAGUUCGGUGAUGCCAUUGAGAACAACUUCAGUACACCUUCAAGGAAAUUAUAAACCAGCAUGCGCCAUCUCAGGCAUGGAAAGCAGUGCACCAUCAACACUGUGUACAGUAUAGUUGGGAUAGUGUGCUGCUGACCUUAACUCGGGACAUGGUGAGUCAGUGGGCCGAAUAUUUUGAAGACCUCUGGGGUUGAGGUGACCAAAGUGGUUGAAAAGCUCCUCGGUGGUGGGGUAAGGAUGCAUUCUGCCCUGAGGUCCUAAUAUAUCUGGAUGUUGUGGGGAUAUACUGAUCGACACGCCUCUGCAAGAUUGCCCGGACAGCAGGGACAGUAGCAGUAGUCCCUCUGGAUUGGUGGUGGUCCCUCUUUUAUAAGAAGGUGUGUGUGUGUUUGUGGCGGGAGAGGGGGUUCCCUUGGAGUAUGGGGUACUUGACUCCCUGAUACAGGCCGUUCAAUCCCUGGACAACUAGUGUCAAGACUUUGGUCUGCAUUGCUGGCAGUAAGUAAGAUAAUCAGUGAGUGUUGGACUCCGCCAAGGCUGCCUUUUCUUACUGAUUCUCUUCAUACCAUUCAUGGACAGAAUUUCUAGGUGCAGCCAGGGUUUUGAGGGGUUCCUGUUUGGUGACAUCGGUAUCACCCAGUAUCAUAUUGUUGCUUUUUACAGAUGAUGUGGUUCUGGCCCUGAUCUCCAACAAUUGCUGGAAGGUUCAGAUGCUGAAAGUUUCGCAAUAGAGUGUGAAGCAGAUGAGAUGAACAUCAGCACCUCCAAGUCUGAGACCAUUUUCCUCAGUCAGAAAAGAGUGGAGUGACCUCUCUGGGAAAGGGAGGAGAUCCUGCCCCAAUUGGAGGAGUAUCUCAGGGUCUUGUUCGCAAAUGAGAGAAGAAUGAGGCAGCAGAUACAAGCAGCCAAAAUGAGUUUCCUCUGUAGGGUGUUCGGGCUCUCCCUUAGAGAUAGGGUGAGAAGUUGAACUGCUGCUUCUCUGCAUUGAGAAGAAGAAGUUGCUUGGACAUUUGAUUAGGAGCUCUUCCAGAUGCCUCACUGGUGAGGUGUUCCAUGCACCUCUCACUGUGAGGAGACCCUGUGGAAGACCCAGGACUGGCUGGAGGGACCAUCUCUUGGCUGCUGUGGGAAUGCCUCGGGAUCCCCCCGAAGAGCUGGAUGACGUGCCUGGGGAGAAGAAUUCUGUGCUUCGCUGCUUAAACUUCUGCCCCUGUGACCUGACUUUGGAUAAGCGGAAGAAAAUGGAUGGUUUUGACCAUGGUUCAUUGGAGUCCCAAAGACUUGGAAAUUGCUCUGUAGCCUUUUCCAGACUGAUACAUUUGAGUCACUUUAGUUCUAUAAUUUAUUUCUGUCAUGGCAUGAUGUGUUUCUUUUGGAGAUUGGAGCUGACUUAACUGUGUCUGACAGGUAUUAUUUGGAAGAUUCUUGAAUCAACAAAUCCAAUCAUAUGGUAACCAAGCCUGAAUUGAAUUUAAAAACUAUGAUUAAUCAGAGUGAAUUAAAUUUUUAACAGGGUUGGUUGGCAGCUUAAUACAUUCAGUGGAGACACUGCAAUCUUGGAGACUCUUUUUAUACCCUUGUUUUCUUUUUGAUUCCUUCAAAUUUGACAAACAUUUUCACAGCACACUUCUCUGUGGUAUCUCAAACUUAUAAGAUUUUUUUUAUGUUCACUUACCACAUUUUUAAUGAAUAAAAUUAUUUAGAAACUG